AUGACGCGAGCUAAACCGAAUGCAAGGCACCCCGCUACGCACCAGCUGCAAGACCAUCCCAUUGAUGGCGGUUUCUCUCAAGUAGAAGUCGUGGUCGUUGGAGCGGGGAUCGCAGGUAUCUUGGCUGGAGUUCUUCUCCCUGCCAAAGUGCCAGGUAUUAAGUUGCGCAUUCUAGAGCGAAACAACGACGUGGGGGGCGUCUGGCUUACAAACAUUUACCCCGGAGUGAAGAGUGACAUCCCAGCAGAUGUGUACCAGAGCACUUUCGCUCCCUCCCAACACUGGACAUGCAAUUAUCCUCCAGGUGCAGAGAUCCAAAGCUAUUGGAAAGGCAUAGCCGAGAGAUACGGCGUGACCAAACACAUCACUUACAAUACAACUGUGCGAAAGGCCGUAUGGUGCAACGACCGCAACAGAUGGGCAGUUCAUACUGUAACCGGUUCAGACAAUCACGAGGCCGUUCUGUAUGCGGAUGUCAUCAUCACGGCAACGGGUACAUUCAGCGAGCCCGAGAUGCCAAACAUCUCCGGAAUGGACGUCUACAGAGGGCGCAUCAUGCACAGCUCCCUAUGGGACCCCUCUGUAGACAUCACUGGCAAACGGCUCGCGCUGAUCGGCAACGGAGCGGCGGGCCUGCAGAUUCUCCCCGAGCUGCACAACAAGGCCGCUCAUGUCGACCACUAUAUUCGCAGCCCGACCUGGAUCUCUCCAUCUUUUGGUGGGGAGGAGAAGUUACUCAGCCAAGGACGUCAGACGGUCCCGCACGAGCCAGACGAGUAUAACCAGUAUAGAAAAGGACUGGAGAGCAGGACGUACUCGCGCUUCAGCAUGUUGUUUAAAGAUCAGGAGCGCAGUAAACAGGCUACCGAUGUUCUCACAGCGUAUAUGCGUCGCCGUCUUGGCUCCAACGCUACAGAAGACGUUUUUGCCAGAACGUUGAUACCGUCAUUCGCGCCAAACUGCCGGCGUCUUACUCCUGCACCUGGUUAUCUCGAGGCCCUCAAGGAGCCCAACGUGUCGCUCAUCACGGAGCCGAUUUCACGGUUCUCAGACGCUGGCGUAGUCACUUCGGACGGCACAGACCGAGCCUGUGAUGUAAUUAUAUGUAGUACCGGCGCCGACGUCUCCUAUCGACCGACCUUCUCCGUCCUGAACGGCAAGGGGGUGGACUUGCGCCAAGCCUGGUCCGAGGGCUUCGAGCCCGGCUUUCCAGACACGUACCUGGGCAUGGCAGCGGCCGAGUUCCCAAACCUCUUCUUCGUCACAGGCCCCAACGCCAUCGGCCAGCCGGGGCCACUGGUGUACAUGAUCGAGAGGCAGAUUGUCUAUCUGGCCAAAGUGCUCCGUAAGAUGGUCACCCAGGGCAUUCUAACCAUGUGCCCGACGCAGGCUGCCGUGGAUGACUUUCGCGAGUACUGCGACGCCUAUUUUCCGCUAACGGUGAUGAGCGAUGCGUGCAGCUCUUGGUACAACGGUCGCGUGCCCAACGGUCGCAUUAUGGCACUCUGGCCAGGCAGCGCGAGCCAUGCCGACGCGGCACGAAGUCACGUCCGCUGGGAGGAUUUUGAGUACACGUACCGAGGGGCUGCUGGAAACAGGUUUGGAUAUUUUGGGAAUGGCUGGACAGAAAAGGAUGUUGAGGCAGCCGCCGAUCCUGGUAAUGUUCCCGACUUUGCGUCCUAUUUGAGUGCGAGUGCUGUGAUGGGUGAUUUGGACUUGUCAAGCUAUCUUGAGUAA